AAUUGACUGUCUCAUGCAAAAGUUGCUCCACAGUACCUUGCACUACACAGUCAACAGUACCCUCACAGACAGAUAGAACCAUGGUGGAAAGUCUGCAGAAUGUUGCUACACCUUUCAAACAGAUGACACAGCAAUUUGGAGAUCAAACUCAUAUUUCAAUGACAAAGUCUCCUUCGGCUUUAUCAGAUGUUCCACACCAGGUUUUACAUUCAGGGACAUUGCCCAGCAGGCGGCCUGAGACUGACACUAUGGUGGAGCCUGUCUUUACACAAACACUGGAUUCAAAAACACAACAAUCUGUUUCUUCCGAUCAGCAGAAAGGACAAAUUAUUUUCCAGCCAAGAGAACUGCCAAGACAUCAGCCAUUUCUGUCUUCCAUGCCAGGAACCAUUCAGACACCAAGACCAGAGGUAGCUGGAGAGACCAACAUCAUGUCCAGGUUCAACCGGUUGUCCAUGUCAGUUCCCAGACCAGUCACCUUGACCUCGACUUCCUCGGGAAUUGACCUUCGACCUCCCAUCAUGACCCCCCUGGCCAUGAGAGGGGGGAUGGGGGCCAGUUCAGGGGCAAAGGUUGUCACACCAGAGGUGGUGUCGGCGUCACCUGGAGAGUCGCCUGUGUUAUACCCAGAUUUGGACCAGUCACCUGUGUUGCUGAGACGCGAUGGUGGUGGUGUAAUGGUGAGCGAACAGCAUGCUACAGCGUUUAGUAGGAACAGUGCGCUGAAGGUUUGGAACAUGGGUGAUACUAAUACACAGGAAAAUGGAAUUCGGCUUAAUGGUAAUGGCAUUUCUGAUGAGACGUCAAUACAAUUUUCCUCUGGCCAAUCCAUGGUGCCCUUGCAAGGCAGAGGGGACAGUCCACAAGCCAGGGAUUCUGAUGUGCAAGUUGUUGUCUCUGAAGACUUGGAUUCUACAGAGACAUCACUCACCACAAGCAAAAGAAGUUUUCACAGCUCAACAGAACAUGGACAAGAUUGCCAGAAGACAUCUCCCUCCUUGCCUGUACCACAGACUGUAGGUGUCAGCACUGGGAGGUCUAGACUUGCUGCUGUCCUGGUGACUGGCGCCACACAGCGUUUUCAGGAGGCACUACUGGAUGAAGAGUGCGCCCUCUAUGCAUGUCGUCUCCAGACCAAGUUUUCUCCCCAGCCACAGCAACCUCGAUCUUGCCAUAACCCUGUGGCGUUGGUUUUGGCAGAAGGAGAUGAUAUGCACUUCAUUCCUGUUCGAGAAGACUCCUACCACCCAAGGCCAUCAGAUGAGGGAUCAGCAUUUUCUUGCCUUGCCUAAAAU